GUGAACAUGGACUGCUGGGGGUUGUAGCUGAUGUGGAGGUGUUUGUGUGUGUGUUGGAAAACAUGUCCGACAAGCCGGUGUGCGUUGCUGAUUUUGAGCUGCAUGCUCAGAGAGUUCUGCCUAAGGCUGUGUUCGAUUACUACGUCUCAGGGUCAGACGAGCAGGAGACGCUGAGUGACAAUGUGGCUGCAUUCUCCAGGUGGAGGUUCCGUCCCAGGGUGCUCCGAGACGUGUCCAAGAUGGACCUGUCCGCCACGGUGCUUGGCCAGCGGCUCAGCAUGCCCGUGUGUGUGGCUGCCACUGCCAUGCAGAGGAUGGCCCACCCGGACGGGGAGACCGCCACAGUGAGAGCCUGCCACGCUGCUGGCACCGGCAUGAUGCUGAGCUCCUGGGCCACUUCCACCAUCGAGGAGGUGGCGGAGGCCAGCCCAGACAGCGUGCGCUGGAUGCAGCUGUACAUUUACAAGGACAGGGCGCUGACUCAGUCGCUGGUCAGGAGAGCUGAGGAGGCCGGGUAUAAGGGCAUCUUUGUCACCGUGGACACACCUUACCUUGGCAAGCGGCGCAAUGACGUGCGCAACCGAUUUAAGUUGCCCUCUCAUUUGAGGAUGUCCAAUUUUGACUCCCCAGAUUUAGCCUUCUCGUCUAAGGAGGGCUAUGGACAGGAUAGCGGCCUGGCUGUGUACGUAGCGCAGGCCAUCGAUCCCACCCUGCGCUGGGAGGACAUCGCCUGGCUGAAGGGCCUGACCCGGCUGCCCGUGGUGGUCAAGGGGGUUUUGAGAGCUGAAGAUGCAGUUGAGGCCGUUAAGUAUGGAGUCGAUGGUAUACUUGUGUCCAAUCAUGGAGCAAGACAGCUGGAUGGUGUACCUGCCACUAUGGAUGUGCUGUCAGAGAUAGUGGAGGCUGUGGCGGGCCGAGUGGAGGUUUACCUGGACGGAGGAGUUCGGCGAGGCACUGACGUGCUCAAAGCCCUCGCGCUGGGGGCCACAGCAGUGUUUGUAGGUCGCCCCAUCCUCUGGGGUCUGGCCUACGAGGGGGAACAGGGUGUUGGAGAGGUGCUCCAGGUUUUCUGUGAAGAGUUCCGUCUGGCGUUGGCACUAGCAGGAUGCCGUUCCGUAAAGGAAAUUGAUAGAGCUAUAGUAAAAAGAUCUGAGUUCACUUCAAAAAUUUGAUGUCUGACGAAUUCCAAGAUUGAAUUGGAAACACUAAAAUAAGUGUGUAGAAAACAUGACCUCAAACACAUCAGAAUGUGAAUCUGAAAUACAAGUUUAAUACAUACGGCAGUGAAAAUGCAUGCAAUAAAACACAAACUGUUUUUUGAGCACA